UUUAUAAUUCAAGAUCUGGACGAGAGACACCUAUUUAUAUCUGCUGAUAUAUUAGACACUUUGCAAGCAAAAGUGGAUGAUCUAAUGGAUCAAAUAUCAUUCACAUAUGCAGAAAAAUAAACAAAACAAAAGAAGAUAUAUAAAAAUUUAUACUUUAAGACUUGUAAUAUUAUAAAAUCAAAGAAUGGCUCGAGAAUCUGGUAGAAUAAAGGAUGCAUUUCAAAAGAGAGUGCUUGACGAUGUUGCUCGUAAACGCAGGCAAAAGAAGGCCUUGGAAGCAUUGGAACAAGAUAAUUUCCAUGAUGAUCCACAUGCUGACUUAGUGAUGAGCAAAAAAGUACCAAAAUUUCAAGAGACACUAGACAAUAGAGGUGGCAGCCGAAAAAAGAAAACUCGCUCUGCGGAAUACUACAAGCAACGCUUUCGCAAAACGUUUGCUCAGCUUGUCGAGGAAGAUCUGAAUAUAAAUUCUAAUCCACCAAAUUAUACUUGUGCUCAGGCACCACCUUCUCGAUUUCCCGAGAGGCAUUUUUGCGCAGUAUGUGGUUUUCCUAGUAAUUACACAUGUAUACCUUGCGGUGCAAGAUAUUGUUGCAUAAAGUGUCUAGGUACUCAUCUAGAUACGAGAUGUAUGAAAUGGACAGUUUAAGAAUAACUACAAUUUUAUUUUCGAAUAAAAUUAAUGCACCUCG